CGAUCUCUCUCUAAAACCCUUCCGAUUUUCUGACUUCUAGGGUUUUACAGCACUCUUCUGUCUUUGAACGAGCCUACACAACCACAACAGAAACCCAUCAAAAGGUCAGAGCAAUGGCUUUCCUUAGAAAAGCUGGGAGUAUAUUGGGAAGAAUCGCAAGCACUAACAUCAUCAAUUCGGAAAUCUCGUUGUCCAAGCCGUCGUUCUUACAAGCAAUAAGAUGCAUGUCGACAUCAAAACUCUUCAUCGGAGGACUUUCGUACAGCACGGAUGACACUAGCCUUAGAGAGGCUUUCGAUAAAUACGGAGAAGUUGCUGAAGCGAGGGUGAUUGUUGAUCGUGAAACUGGUAGAUCAAGGGGCUUUGGCUUCGUUACGUUUUCUUCGACUGAGGAGGCAUCUGCUGCCAUCCAAGCUUUGGAUCAACAGGAUCUUCAUGGUCGUAUGGUAAGAGUGAAUUUUGCAAAUGAAAGGGCACGUGGCGGCGGCGGUUAUGGUGGCGGCGGUGGUUACAGUGGUGGCGGCGGUGGUUACAGUGGUGGCGGUGGCGGUUACAGUGGUGGUGGCGGCGGUUACAGUGGUGGCGGUGGCGGUUACAGUGGUGGUGGCGGUUAUGGUGGUGGCGGCGGUGGUUAUGGAAACGAAGCUGCGACUGAUUCGUAUCCUGCUGCAGGUGGAGAAAGCGGUGGUGGUGGGAGCUUUGGGUAUGGUGGUGAAGGUCAGAAUUCAGGUGUUGCUGACAAUGAUAGUUAUGCCGAUAGGAGGGGAUAAACGAAGAAGCUCCAUCUUUUAAUGGAUCGUAGUUAAUUUGAGUGUUUAAGUUAGUGAAAAAGCUGCAGUGGAGUGAAAACAGCUUAUUUUAUUUGGACUAUCUUCUUAUUUAUUAUGCUUUCAACUUUUUGUUAAGUUUCCUUGGAGCAUUUGGUUAUAGCCUUCCUUGGAUGGUAUUUGGGUAUGUAUGAAUGUUUUUCAUCAGUUUUUCUGUUGGAUUUGCCUAACUGAUGUUAAUAAUGUAACUACAUCAAGGUUCAC